AGCGCCAGGAGAGGGAAGGGGUUCGGAUCCCUCAAACUUUUCUAUUCUGCAGGUGACGGGCUCCAGCGACCCUGUGGUGAUCUCUGAGGAUGUGCCAAAACAUCCUCGAGAGCUGCUCUCCUUCAAGCCCAAACUCAAGACCAUCCAAGUGGUCACCCAGGACCUGAUCCGGGAGCUCAUCAUUCCCCAGGAGAAGCCCCAACCGUGUCUCAUCAUUGGAGAAAAGGAAUAUGAGAAACUUAAGGAAUCAGCUCGAGCCCUGACUGAGGUGGAGCGUUGGGACAGGCUGAAGACCCUGAGAGCCAGACAGGACGCUGCUUUUGAAGCCCUGAAAAAGGCCCAGAUCGAGGAGCAGAGAAAGGCAGAGCUGGAGGACGAGAGGGACCACGGGAGAGGCGUGGAUGAGGAGCUGCAACAGGAGAAGCAGAAGCUGCUGCAGCGAGCGACGAGGAUGAGGCUGGAGCAGGAGGAAGGCAUGCGGGAACUGAACGCGCUGUUCCUCAGUGCCAAGUGCAACAUGAUCUGGGACAAGCAAGUCCUGGAGAAGCAGAUGAUCCUCAAGGAACUGGCAGAGGAAGAGAAGCGCCUGGACAAGAUGAUGGAAAUGGAGCGCCUGGGAGCAGAAACAGGAGCGACUAAAGCAAAUCCAUGCUGAUAUUAAACGUUUCAACAUGGAGAGCCAGAGGCUGAAGGAUCAACAGCGGGAGCAGGAGAGGCUGGAGGACGAGCGGGUGCUGGAGCAGCAGCGGCAGAAGGCUGAGCAUGAGGCCGCCUUGGAGGCAGAGCAGCACCAACUGCGCCUGGAGAAGGAGAAGGAGCUGGCCCGGCUCAGGGCCACACAGGAGCGGGCCCAGGCCUGGCAGGCAGAGCAGGAUGCUCUGAGAGCCAAGAGGAACCAAGAGGUCGCAGACCGGGAAUGGCGGCGGCGGGAGCUGGAGAAGGCGCGGAAGAAGGCCGAGCUGGAGCAGCAGCUGAAGCAGGACCGGCUGGAGCAGGUGGCCCAGAAGGAGCGGUACCUGGCCAUGCAGGUGCAGCAAGCCACUGGAAUUCCUGACAAAUAUUUUGCCCAGGUGGAGCGCAGGGCGCGGAGCCGAGCCAGCAGAGCCCCCUCCUAGGCCCAGCCCCAGCAGGAAUUUAUUGGGGGCUUUGCGAGGAAAUCGUUCCUUGUGUGACCCUUUGGACUCUGAACCUUGUUGCUGUUGGUUUUGUUCUCUGGUUGCUGUUUCAGGAAAUUGUUCUUCACUCA